AUGCCGCCAAAUUUUAAUUUGUUUAUUGAGCGCACUUUCAGGAUACACCUGCUUCUUGUGCCAAUGACGGGUCUAUCUAUCUAUCUAUCUAUCUAUCUAUCUAUCUAUCUAUCUAUCUAUCUAUCAAUUGAUCACAUUAUUCAGAUCUAUCUAACGAUAGAUCAAUCUAUGGAUCGAUCGAUCUAUCGACAUCAAUAUGCUCAAAUCAUUCAGUUUUCAGAUCUAUGUAUCUAUCCAUCGAUCGGUAUAUCUAUUGUUCUGAAUGUGUUCAGAUCUAUCUCAACGUGUUACAUCUAUCUAUCUAUCUAUCUAUCUAUCUAUCUAUCUAUCUAUCUUAGUUUUCAGAUCUGUCUAUCGAUCUAUCGCUCCAUUGAUCUAAUAUGUUCAAAUCUAUCUAUCUCAAUGACGAUAUCUAUCUAUCUAUCUAUCUAUCUAUCUAUCUAUAUAUAUAUAUAUAUAUAUAUAUAUAUAUAUAUAUAUAUAUAUAUGACGAUAUCUAUCUAUCUAUCUAUCUAUCUAUCUAUCUAUCUAUCUAUAGAUGACGAUAUCUAUCUAUCUAUCUAUCUAUAUCUAUCUAUCUAUCUAUCUAUCUAUCUAUCUAUCUAUCUAUCUAUCUAUCUAUCUAUUACAGUGUGGAUCUAUCUAUCUAUCUAUCUAUCUAUCUAUCUAUCUAUCUAUCUAUCUCAGUGUGUUCAUAUCUAUCUAUCUCUCUACUACAAUAUGUUCAAAUCUAUCCAUCUAUCUAUCUUUUGUGUGCAUAUAUAUAUAUAUAUCUAUUUCAAUGUGUCCAAAUCUAUCUAUCUAUCUAUCUAUCUAUCUAUCUAUCUAUCUAUCUAUCUAUCUACUUCAAUAUCUUCAUUUUAUUCUCGUGUCAAGAAUUCAUUUUUUCUUUCCGGUAUAUUUUGGUUACAGCCGUAUUUUAUGUCAAUGGAUAAUGCGCAUGGAUAA